AUGACGUCAGAGAAUGGUGUUGGUGUGACGGUGAUUGGACAUGACAGUGAAUCAAGAACACUUGUGAAUGGAUUUAAAGAUGCAGGUUCUUACAGAAGAGGGAUUGAAUAUAAUAUUUCCAUGGAGCAGAUUGUCGCCAUUAUAAAGCAAUCCAAGAAUUGUGAGCAGUUUAUAAAAUAUGAAUGUUACCAUACCGUUUUAUUGUACACUGCUACACCUUUUGGUUGGUGGGUAUCACGUCAAGGUUCACCGAUGGAUUACUGGGGUGGAGCGGCAGUCAACAGUGGAAAAUGUGCAUGUGGAAUGACCAACAGCUGUGCAAGUGGAGGGAAAUGUAAUUGUGACGCGAAUGACCGGACAUGGCGUGAAGACAGUGGAUAUCUGACUGACAAGAACACACUGCCUGUUACUGAGCUGAGAUUUGGAGAUACCGGUAACGCUAUUGAGAAAGGAUACUACACACUGGGAAAAUUGCGAUGUUGGAGUUAG